ACACACGUACAGUUCUAGAGAGAGAAAAUUUUAAGUUCUAGAGAGAGAAUAGAGCGAGAGUAGGAGAGGAAAGAGAGAGUUGAUCAUUUUUGUCGGUGAAUCGCCUUCCUCGCUUCUCUUUCCUUCAUCACUCAAUUGCCGCUCUUUUCUCUUCAACAGACCAUAGUAUAUCAUAUAAUCAUAUACGUAGAUACAUAUUUAUAUCUAUAUAUCCAACAAAUUCGUUAUCUUCCAUAUUCCUUCUAAAUUCCUCUGUUUCUAGCUCAAUCAACACAAUCAUCUUCUCUCAAAAUUCGAACACACAUCAAUGGACCAGUUUGGUGUUUUGGUGGAAAGUAUUGGGUUCAAGGCACAAGGAAAAUCGACUCCAAUGGCCGAUCUAAAGGGCAAGACAAACAUCAACAACGGUGUUUCUCGAAAUUUCGGAAUGAAUUUGGGUUUUGACUCCGAACCCUCGUCAACAAACCCGUCCAGGUCAACUUACAAUUCGAAUUCUGGUAAUGGGUCCUUCGUUGAUGAUUUCGACGGAAGUUUUCGAUCCAAUACUAAUGUGAAAAGUCAGAGUUACGAUGAUUGGGAUGGUUAUGAUGAUGUAUUUGGUGGACCUGUGAAGAACUCGAAGCCAUCGAAUCGCAGCAAUGGCGGUGAUGGUUCUUCGAUAUUCGAUUUUGAUUCUAUGUUUCAGGGUUCGAGUAAUUCGAAUCCAAAAUCUUCAGCUUCGAAUGUGUUUGAUGACGAUGACGAUAUAUUUGGUGGAAUGAGCGGUUCGAAGAGUUCGGCUUCGGUGAACUAUGACGAUGUAUUUGGAUCGAUCUCAUCACCACCCAGGGAGAGUUCUCCAAUUGAUGACUUGUUUGGGAAUUUGGGUGGAACGGGGUUCGAAUCGAAUGGUUCAGGAAGGAAAUCCGGGGAAGUGGAGAAGAAUGCAACUGAAUUCGAUGAUUUGAUACCGGGUUUUGGCGAAAGCAGUACUUCAAAGAAUGGAGCAAAUUUGGAAACAAUCCAGCCUCAGUUUUCAAGUGGCCAUUCAGCUAAAUCAACUUCCAAUUUGACAGACGACCCUUUUGUAGUCUUAGAAUCAUCUUCGUCCCAGUCAGAUACUUCCGGGCUGCUUUCAGACCUGUUGGGAGAAGAUAAGGGAAAGAACUCGGUUCGGUCUUCAAUUGAUGAGCUUGAGGAUUUUGCCAUGGGUAGGGGGUGGAGUAAUGUAAAAGAGCGAUCAGAUGUUCAUUCUGGUGAUGUGAAGGUGAAGACCUCAGAUGCUGCUAUGAAGGAGGCAAUAGAUAGAGUGAGGGCAGUAAGGGGAAAACGAAGUGGAGAUGUUGGUACAAGUAAAAAAGUUUCCUGGGAAAAAAAGGAUGCUACUGCAUCGGAUGAUGCACACAAGAGACAACUUAAAGCGGAGCAGGAAAGAUUAUACCGUAAACAAAGAGAAAAGGAAGUGAAAGAGAGAGAAAAGAGGGGAUCACCUGAGAGUGACAAUAAUUUUGACUCCUUUUUCAAUAUGGGUACUCAUGCAAGCAGUUCGCCGGAGCCAAGGGCUACUGUUGUGGACCCAGUGUUUGAUACUCUGUUCCCAAGCAGAGGGCCUGAACUACAGCAGACUUCUUCUGGGACAUCAUAUGGCACAAAGAAGGCUUCAUCCAUGACAAAUACUGUUGAUGACUUUUCUUUCAUGUUUGGAGAAUUUACCCCUUCAUCUGGAGAGUUUCAGGAAGUUGAAGGGGAAAGUGAAGAAAGACGAAGAGCAAGAUUAAACCAUCAUCGGAGGACUCAGGCUCGUAUGGCAGAUGCAUUGGCUGAAAAGAAUCAGCGUGACCUUCAGACUCAGCAGGAGCAAGAAGAGAGACAUAGAAUUGCUGAGAUUAUGGAUGAUGAUAUAAAACGCUGGGCCGCAGGGAAAGAAGGCAAUUUGCGAGCACUGUUAUCUUCAUUGCAAUAUGUGCUAUGGCCUGAUUGUGGUUGGCAACCAAUUUCGUUGACUGAUUUGAUUACUUCAGGCUCAGUUAAAAAGGUUUAUUAUAAGGCAACCUUGUGCGUCCAUCCUGACAAGGUUCAACAAAAAGGCGCCAAUCUUCAACAAAAAUAUAUUGCAGAGAAAGUUUUCGAUCUUCUUAAGGAAGCUUGGAACAAAUUCAAUGCUGAGGAAUUACGAUGAUUCUUUACUGUGAACUUUAGAGCCACUUCAAUGAGCAACCACAAGACCUUUCUUUCAUGGGGAAAGCUGUAGUCUCUUCAGCAGAAUUGUUCCUUUGUAAUUACUCAAUUGCAGCGGGCUUAAAGAUGCAUCGUGUCAUUUAAUGAACUCUUAUUUGCUUUGGAGAUGCUUGAAACUAGAAAUUGCUGUUGGCCCUGGACGCAUGCGACUAUUAUGAGGUCUGUCUAUAUGUGCAUUACUUGAGGUUAGUUGUAAAGAGUGUUGUCGACGUCAGUUCUCACGAACAUGAAAAGUUUCAUCAGCCACCCACUUGUUUUGGGUCAAUGUUUCUGUAGUUUUCCAAGUGCUUGUUCUGUCGAGUGAGUAUCAUUUUGUUCAUUUGUUGUGAAAUAUUUUUUCCCCAUGAAUUGUUGUGAAAUUAUAUUUAAAUGGAUAUAUGAUUGCCGGUUCAGGAUGUUAUUUAUUGAUUUGAUUUUUAGAUCUAA